AUGGCUAUGACAUUGGAUAAGUUCACCCGCUCUCUUGAUGCCAAGUCUCUCCCUAGAGUACUGCAGAUACAAUCUGGAUAUUAUUUCCAAGGUAAGACUGAAGACAUUAGCCCUAACUUAAGUCCUUAUUCACUGGACUGGAAUUAAAACAUAUAUAUAUAUAUAUAUAUAUAUAUAUAUAUAUAUAUAUAUAUAUAUAUAUAUAUAUAUAUAUAUAUAUAUAUAUAUAUAUAAUUUCAGUUUAAAGUAACAGCUCAUGGCUAUGCAGUAUCUUACCAUACAAUGAUAUAAACAAAAGGUAUUUCACGUUACAAAAUUAAACAUAAAACUGAUGUCGAGAUUAUUCUUUUUAACUGGGGCUUUGAAAAUAUAUUGUUUGGUGAAACGUAAUAAUUGUCAUGAAUAAUGUUUUAUAAAUUCUUAAUAAUACAUGAAUUAUUCAUGCUUAUUCAUGAUAAUUAUUAUAGAGUUACCACCCUUUACUUAUGUUCUUACGUACUUGGAUCCAUUACUCUACAAGGAGAAUAGACCAUCGACGACUGUACUUAGGUCCAUUCAGUGCCAAAAUAAUCGAUCCAUUGAAAUGUCUUUCUACCAGGUUCUGUGUAUGAGCUGUUUGGAAGAGAGUGGAGUUUCUCCUAUGGAGAGCUCCUGAAGAUCAUUGGGAUCAGUGUCACCAGACUCAUUGUGGAGCUUCAGUCUGAGGGAUCCAAAUCCAUGACAAUAGAUCUAUCUCUCGACUUCCCAGGUGGGUCCCGAAACAUCCAAACUGUACCUUGAACAUGAAAUCGAAAAUUGUUGUGGUCAAAUCUGUACCUUUAUAAAGACUUAUAAUGUUGAUUGAUAUAUUCAAAUGUAAAUGUUUUAAUAAUUGCCUUAAUUCUUGCCCUUUACCAUGUACUGCAGUUUACAUUAUACAUGUAAAUGUCCAAACCCCUCUCUCGGGUUAGAAAGGGACCUUAUCAACAUGUGGUUUUGUGCAUUGUACCAAUACAUAUAAUGUCAGAUAUUGCUUUGCCUGUCUGUAUUUUCAGGCCUUUUCAGGAUCGUGGCCGACAAGAGGCCAUACACUUGUAUACAGGAGAUUGUUGACUCAGUGCAUAUCAGCUCUGAGUGCCUGGGCCAGCCAGAAUUCCGCUGCCCUGAGGAGCUACAACUGGCUGAGGGGACUAUCCAGGCUGAGGAGAGCUUCAAACUCACUGCUCUUAGGACGGAGCAUGGAGACAGCCAUGUUGACUGUGAGGUCACGCGGAAAGACUCCAAGCACAUCUUCACUGUGAAGCUCUCACACACUGGGGAGUUCUAUGAGUGUGCCGACGACCAAUUCUACACCCUCAAGGAGCUGGUGGAAUGGAAAAUGCUCAAAGGAAGGAAAAGGACAGUGAGUUGGGCCAAGUCUUUGCCGUCAAAGGAGAAGUGUGUGUCUAAGUUGCCAGAGGACUACAGUGGAGAGCUGGUUCUCACACCUGUCUACGAGCUUCAGACUGUGUCCAAGUGUGAGUGUCAAACAGCCCAUUAAUAUUCUCACUUUACGUCAAAGUUAUGUGGAAUGAAGGACGCUUUAAUUGCGUGAUAAAAAAAAGUCACACAAUGAUGCUCUGUAUUUUUCAUUAUAUAAUUUAUAUUUAUUUUUUCAAAUUAAAGAGAACAAAUUGUAAUACUGACAACAAAUGAACAUGACAACUACAGUACACUGGUCUUGGGCCAUUCACUUUUUGUUUCAGAAGCACAGACAUGAAAAUAGAGGAUGUUUUGAAGUGUAGUAGCCAUCAUGCUGGUCGGGGAAUCACAAUGAAUUUCUACUUUGUAUAAAAAUAAAAAUAAAGAAACGAUUCAAACCAGCAGUUAAACAGAUGUACUAAUGGCAGACCUUUAUUAUUAUCUGAUUAAAAAAAAUAUAUAAUACAUUAGGUAUUUGUUUUUGGCAGAAAUUAUAAGAGAUGUUGUCUUACAAAGUUGAAUAUUUAGCCUAUAGUAGACCAUCCUUGCUUGUGCCGUCAUACUAAACAGAAAUAAUCUCAUUUUUGUUCACAGUUGGGAAUAACGUUGUUUUCAUCCCGUCCACCCUUGAUGUUGAGGUGUUGGAUGUAACAGAGGAGUGUGACGGUGCCUGUUUCAUGCAGCCUCUGUCACUCCGUGAUGUCUUUGCCAAGCCUUGCGAGGUCUUCCCCUUCAUGGCUGAGAUCAUAGAGCCACCAUCACAAGUUCAGGAGGAAUUGAGUUUCCUGAUGUCCUCUAAGCAAGUCAUUGUCCAUGGUGCCUACCAGGCCAAGAGGAUCCUAGCGUCUGAGAUCCGCAGCGAAGCCCAAAGACGCUUCCUCAUCCCAGUGUCUUACAACGGCAGGUUCAAGCGCAGGCCCCGGACGUUCCCCACAGCGUAUGACCUAGAGGUCGCCAAGAGUGACAUGGAGCUGCUCCACGUGGUGGCCACCAGGGCCUUUGAGACCGACUACGAGGGGCUGUCCUCAGUGCUGGUGGGAGACCAGUACCUGGUCCACAAAAGGGAGACCAGCGAGGUGAUCUACGGAGGCAGGAGAAAGACGGUGGAGGCCCUGGCCUGUGAGAAGAUGGUGGGGAAGAAGUACGAGGCCGUGCUGAUCCCCAUGUGUCUGGAAGGGGGCUUUGUGGAGGUGGUCCACGACAAGAAGCAGUACAUGCUCUCAGAGGUCUGCCACAGGUUCUCCCUGCCCUUCAACGUCAAGGUGUCUAUGAGGGACCUCUCAGUAAAGGAGGACCUCCUGGCUGGGGCCACAGGGACUGCAGCUGGAGGAGGAGAUCACUGACCCAUACCUUCUUGUUUCCACCCCGGACCUGGCCCUUUGCUGGGAGGUGCCUGUCAACCGCACCAACAUGGCCCUGCAGCUCCUGCAGCAGUGGAGCAGCCCAGAGCCGACCCAGAGCCAGGCCGUCUGCUCGGCUGUGGAGGAAAUAGGAGAGGACUGCUAUUUCACCCUGAGGAGGUACGUCAACGCCAGCAUGCUGCCUCCCCCUCGACCACCCAAGAGACAUCAACAGCCCUCAGAAGACACAUUGAAACUGCAGCCUCUCAGGCCAAAGAAACCAGACCCCCCCUCUCCAAAGGUGAGUCAUUCAUCCAUUAUAUUUAAUGCAUUAAUAAAUAAUAAAAUAUCUAUAACACAACAACAACAUUGGCUAUCAGAUUUAUUUAAUUGAAAAGUUAUAUUCAGUUGAUUAUUGUACUAAUGCUUUGCGUGUGGUCUGUGUUAUUAUAUUGAAGAGCCCACAUACAGCCAAACCAGCCAUGCCGAGCCCUAGUUCAUUUGGUUGGGCAGAACAGAACACCUUUAUACCAAGAAAUGAAACAUCCAACACAAGUCUAGUCGCAGUGCCAGAUCCAGGCCCACAAAAAGGUUUGUCUAUGUUUCUAUAUUCCAUCAAAAUAGUUUUGUUGAAUAUUAUGUCAUUCAACAUGCUGGAGGGAUAGUGGUAUGCAAUAUUGCAGCAGACUAUUUUGCAACUAAACUUAAUUCUCAACCUUCAAUAUCCUUCUAAGACCCCUCCCAAAAAGUUGUUACCAAGAAAUUGUGAUUGUAUUUCAGUGCAAAAUUGUCCUCUGUAGGGGUCAUUAGGACGUAAAAUAUAUUUUUAAAAACAUUACAGUCAAUGGGUACAGUAGGUGAAAAACAUGGUUGCGGCAUCCGGGUGUGCACUACAAAGGACACUUCUUGAUAAGCUCUUAUUUACCUAUUAUAUCAUGUGAAGUCCUGAGAACUCACCUAACUAUUCCUGAGAUAUUCACUUAAUAGAAACUGUUUGAAUAUCACAUUUCCAUAAGAUUUGCAAAUUCUUACUGCAGCGAGCGAUAUGGACCAAGAACUGAUAUCCACUAGAGAGGACAAAAAUGAAUUGCUGGGCGUCAACAAGAUAAAAACAUUUCUAGAUUUUGCAACAUGUUUUUUUUUAUUUUUUAUAAAUGUGUAAUAUAUUUAUCUCUCUGUCAAAAUCUUGACUUUGAUUCUUACACCUUGCUGUGUUUGGGUUCUCUCCUCAGCCAUCGUUGAAGAAAACAGACCUCAGCACAAGACAAUUAAACAGGAUGAUGGUGAUACUCAUGAUUAUGAAUACAUUGAUGAGGAUGAAACUUGACAGAAUCAGGAGAACAUUUAAUGACCAAAGUAUUCACAGCACAGACAAGAGGAAAUCAAGAAACACAUAUGCCAUGCAGACUGCAAAACAGGUUUAG